AUGCUUUCUGCAAUUCUAGUGCCCCGCCGCUGGAGGCUCAACACCAACGACAACGAUGGAUCGUCCUGCUCAGGCUCGCACAAAUGUUUCACCAAACGCCUCCUUAAUUUUCACAGACACAAACGAAACAAGCCUGAUGUCAAAGACGUUGACGCUAAGCAAACAUGUGCUGCCACCUCGUUAAUUGGAAACGACGAUGACCGAUCAAUUCACCAAGCGGUCCGGGAUAAGACUUGCAACUCCUUGGUCCGCCUGUUCAACUCGAGUUACCCUAGAGCAGACGUCUUGUCUCGGGUGGGACUAUGCAUUCAUGAAAACGUUCUCAAUCCGCACAGGGGCUAUCUUGGUGGUCUUGGACCAGCCCUGCGCGGCCCGAUCCUGACAGGCCCAGUACCCAAGCUAAGGAUUGGCACCUGUGGCGACGAUCAUCGCGGAGUCACUAAAGGCGGAUCGUGUCAAAAACGCCCCGCAGGAAGCCCUGGCAACGCCCCCAAAAAGCAACGCAGGGGAAGCAAAAACUCUGGCGAUACUCAGAAUGAUAGAGGUAGUGAUGGGUACGGGGAGGAAGACAAGCGUCGCAAACGUCGUAAGCGCCGCAAAGACGGACCACGUUUUCCAUGGCCUGAGAACUCCGCCGACCGUAAAGCCUUUGAGUGCCCAUUCUACAAGGCCCAACCAGACCGGUAUAGGCCAUGCAAAGGACUCCGUAUUACUUCCAUCAGUUAUGUUACUCAACAUAUCGCCCGGUGCCAUUUAUUGAACCAUGUUACACUGGAUGAACAGGAGACCGGCCAAUCUACGGACGACAAUCCGACACUCCCAAGAACGACAACGGACCCGGAUAAAAUAGUUUUCUACUGUUCGAGAUGUCGGAUCGAGUUCCAUGGCCUUGACGCUGAUGAGAGAUGGGAUAGCCAUAAGAAUACAGGCUGCGAUGCACAAAGCAUUGCGCAGACGGGAGUUUUCCUACCAAAAGAGUUUAAGAAGCUCAAGGGCGCAGUCGCAGCCGUGUCGGGAGAUCAUGAGAAAUGGGAGAAGAUAUGGAUCACAUGUUUUCCGAGACAGUCUACCCCAGCCCAGUAUAAUGAGGCAGAAUCUGUUGCUCCAAUUGGCGAUGGUACCCAGCCACAAAUGCCGUACCGAAACCCCAUCAAUGAGAUUUGUCAUCCCAACCAUGACCCUCCACAAGCUUCGGCACCUCCGAUCCCGGGUCAUGCACCAGACCCGAACCUGUUUUUCAACCUCCUUACCUGGGAUACGGCAGAUAAUUGUGGAAAUCUGGAUUAUACUGCAAGCGACAUGCCAAAUCCUGCACCAACUGGUUUACGAAGGACAAGGCCAGGGCGACUUCACCCUGGACUCAUGCAACCCCUUACGACGGCGACACAAAACCAGAUGUUCGCCAGUGAUGACUGGGUCAUGAACAUGUACAACGACAGCCAGUGA